ACUAAUAAUGGUCGAGAAAGGAGAGGGAGAAAUACGGUGGGUGAAAGAAAUGGAAAUGAAGGGAAAUCAAGAGCGAGGGGAUAGAAAGUGAAGCGGAGAAAGAUGGAGGAACGAGGGGAAGUAGGAGACUUGAGGGAGGUGCGGUAGCUUUUCCCAACCUUAUUGUUGACCUCUGUUGCCGCCUAGCGAUGCAGGCAGACAUCGCGAUGCCGACUCAAGAGCGGGGUCUUGUUCCUUCCAGCAUACCGGCCGAGCCUGUCUGCUCUAGACUCAAAAGCUCGCUCGCCGAUGCAGUUUUCCCGUCGGCCCACAGAUGACCUCUCGGCCACGAUACGCGGCGAUAUCCGUCCCGCCGCCCGGUCAAGACCGCGAAGUUCUGGGUCCAUGGGGCAGGAAUCGGAUGCCGCAGCCUCGCAGCCGAGUAUUGAAGCAGCCAGACCCUUGGUGCCGAUUGCUGUUUUCCAUGCCUCUCAUUUCAGCCCCCUACUGCCCCGAAGCAGGCAACAGACACGUCCGGCACUCUUCCCCGUCUGUACCGCGUGUUGCGAUAUCAAAAUACACAGCAUGCCUUCACCCGUCUCAUUCAUCCUUGCCUUGGCAGUCCCUUACGCUGUGGCGGCCCCUCUCCAGUCCCUUCCUUCCCUCAUGCUCCGUGAGGAUCUUCAGCGCGAAGGCGCCGUCGUUGACGCCGCCGACCCUGGCUGGCAGCACGGAGCCGCCUCCGAGCCCGGUGGCCAGGGAGCCCGCCUGCCUCCUCAGAAUCCGAACCCCAACAGAGCGCCGCCACCGCAGGGCCAGAGACCACCGCCUCAGGGCCAGAGACCACCGCAGCAGGGUCAGCGGCCACCUCCUCAGGCCCAGCGACCACCGCAAGGAUUCCAGCCGCCGCCCCCGCCGCAAGGCCAGCGGCCACCCCCUCAGGCCCCGCGAUCACCGCCGCCGCCAGCCUAUCAGCAGCCGCCACCGAGUCACGCCGAGCAGCAGCAGCAGGCGGCAGUCGCGGCGGCCAAGGCGGCCGAGAGUCGCGAGAGGGCGGACCUCGCCAGCGCCAAGCAGAGGCAGGCGCAGGCGGCGGCGGAGCGUGGGUAUUAG